CUUAACAAAAAAAAACUGUGAAAAAAGUUUCUUCUUCUUCUACUACCUCUUAGUUCUCUCUUCAAACACUUGCAUCAUCGUGUUCCAUUCCCUAUUAAAUGGAUAACGAUGUGAAACAAGAGAAUCUACAAACUCCUCCUCUUCCUCCUCUACCUGGAGAAGAAACUGUAACACUAAUCGAUCUAUGUACCAGCGACGACUCCGACUUGGAGCAAGAUGUACAACGAAGGUACAAUUCUGGAGCCAAGAGACCACGUGAUACUUUUGGAAGUUCCUCUGAAUUAAACAUGGACAAUGUGAAGAAGCCAACGGUUGUUGAUGAGCUAAAAGUAGUGUUGCCUGAAGCAUUCGGCCAAACAAUACCUCCUUCGCAUAAUAUUCCGGCGGAUCCGUGCAAUGUCUUCACGUCUAUGCAGCCUCCUCCUCCUCCACGGCCGGAUAUGUCGUCGUCGGGUAGAGUUGGGAGUUGUAAGCAGUUUUGGAAAGCUGGAGACUAUGAAGGAACACCUGGUGGUGGUAACUGGGAUCUUUCUUCAGGUGGGUUUGAUCAUGUUAGAGUCCAUCCCAAGUUCUUACAUUCUAAUGCUACCAGUCAUAAAUGGGCUCUUGGAGCAUUUGCAGAGCUUUUGGAUAAUGCUUUGGAUGAGGUUGCUAGUGGAGCUACUUAUGUUAACGUAGACAUGCUCGAGAACAAAAAAGAAGGAAACAGGAUGUUAUUAAUUGAGGAUAAUGGAGGUGGGAUGGAUCCUGAGAAAAUGAGACAAUGCAUGUCUUUAGGAUACUCUGCUAAAAGCAAACUUGCAAACACCAUCGGACAAUAUGGAAAUGGUUUUAAGACUAGUACAAUGAGGCUUGGAGCUGAUGUCAUUGUUUUUUCACGCUGCUCUGGAAAAGAUGGAAAGUGCUCUACGCAGAGCAUCGGACUCCUAUCAUAUACGUUUCUGAGGAGCACGGGAAAGGAGGACAUUGUUGUACCCAUGCUUGACUACGAAAGAAGAGACAAUGAAUGGAGUAAACUCGUCCGGUCUUCUCUCAGUGAUUGGGAUAAGAAUGUGAAAACAAUCAUUCAAUGGUCGCCAUUCUCUAGUGAAGAAGAUCUUCUUCGUCAGUUUACUCUAAUGAACGAUCAUGGCACACGCAUAAUCAUAUAUAACCUGUGGGAAGAUGACCAAGGGAUGUUAGAGCUUGAUUUUGAUGCCGACCCACAUGAUAUACAACUUAGAGGUGUCAAUCGAGAUGAGAAAAACAUCAAAAUGGCUGCUCAGUUUCCUAAUUCUAGGCAUUUCCUAACCUACAAACAUUCACUAAGGAGUUAUGCAUCAAUCCUCUACCUAAGAAUCCCACCUAGUUUUCGUAUCAUACUACGUGGAAGUGAUGUUGAGCACCACAACGUAGUGAAUGAUAUGAUGCAGACUGAGCAGAUCACUUAUCGACCUCAGUAUGGUGCCGAUUCAUAUGUUAAAGAUUCAAACAUGUCUGCCGUUGUAGUUCUCGGAUUCGUGAAGGACGCAAAACACCAUGUUGAUGUUCAAGGCUUUAACGUCUACCACAAAAAUCGACUCAUCAAGCCGUUUUGGAGGAUAUGGAAUGCAACAGGGAGUGAUGGUCGUGGAGUCAUAGGUGUUCUGGAGGCUAAUUUUGUUGAGCCUGCUCAUGAUAAGCAAGGGUUUGAGCGUACAACAGUUCUCUCUAGGCUUGAAACACGGCUAAUUCAAAUGCAGAAGAUUUAUUGGAGCACCAACUGUCACAAAAUUGGCUAUGCACCGAGGCGACACCCAAAGGCUGGAAACGACUAUGGUCACACAAACACAUCACCGGAAAAUGAUCAUGAGGAAUAUAGUCCAUCAGGUGUCAAAACUCGAGGGUCUGACAAGUUCUACCAAAGUUCAUAUCCGAAUCAUAGAGGGGACAAUGGUGUGUCAGGGAAAGAUAGUUCAAUGUAUUUGCAAGAGGAGCUGCGACGUGAGAGGGAGCGCAGCAAGGCACUUGAAGCUGAGGUUGAAUUAGCAAGGCAAAAAAUAGAAGAAAUGAGUAAAGAGCAAGAGAAUCUAAUUGAGAUAUUCACAGAGGAAAGAGACAGACGUGAUGUAGAGGAAGAAAGUCUGAGAAACAAGCUAGAGGAGGCAUCAAACACGAUCGAGGAGUUGUUGAAUAAGAUUAAAAAUCUGGAGGGAUCUAAAGGCUCGAGCUGGAGACGUUAGACAUUGAACUUGCAUAGUCUCUAUUUGGUUUAUGGCUCGACCUCCGACAUGGGGGUUGAAUGCAUGUUGUAGAUUAGUGUAAGUGUUUGAUCUUAUGAUUGUUUUUUCUCAUUUUUUAGAUUUACAAACUGGCCAAUCUCUAGCUGUAGCAGAUGCCAGUUGUCAUGUCUGUAAUAUUUAGUGAUUACCAUGUAAAAACCAACCAGAAUAAGUAAUAAUAUGUGCUGACUUGGUAGAGAUCUAUA